CAAAGUGACAGAUUAUCUUUGAAAAACCAUCUAGUUUCACAUAAUUUUAUAUUUAAAGAUAUUUUUAGUUAUUUGAAUUUAUUAUUUAACAAUGUCGUACCCUAAAGGACAAAAUAUAAUGAAUGUUAAAGAAAUCAUCGAAUUCGCUUUCGGUGAUGUAGACGGAAAUGCGGUGAAUUUUAAACUUAUACAAACCGUACUUUUCUUAAUUGCUAGACAAUUAAGACUACUGGAGAGAAAAGUAGAGAUUGAAUUGGGACCCAUAACUUAUUUACCCUCAGACACAACCUUGGCAGUUACUGAAUACAAAUUACAUGCUGGCCAAAAGAAAAAAAAGAAAGCGAGAGACGAGGGCGAUAAAAGACCUGGCGCAGGAAAACGUGGCGCAAGCAUUAGCUCUGAUAGCGGCGGUGGUUAUGGUGGUGGUGGACCUGGUGGCGGUCCAGGUGGUGGCUACGGUGGACCCGGUGGUGGUCCUGGCGGUGGGUACGGAGGCCCUGGUGGUGGCCCUGGCGGAGGUUACGGUGGACCUGGUGGUGGUCCUGGCGGUGGUUAUGGAGGUCCUGGUGGUGGCCCUGGCGGAGGACCUGGUGGUGGUCCAGGUGGCGGCUACGGUGGACCCGGUGGUGGACCCGGUGGUGGUCCAGGUGGUGGCUACGGUGGACCCGGUGGUGGUCCUGGCGGUGGGUACGGAGGCCCUGGUGGUGGCCCUGGCGGAGGGCCUGGCGGUGGUCCAGGUGGUGGUUACGGUGGGCCCGGUGGUGGUCCUGGUGAAGGUUACGGAGGUCCUGGUGGUGGCCCUGGCGGUGGCUACGGAGGUCCUGGCGGGGGACCUGGCGGUGGACCUGGUGGUGGCCCUGGCGGUGGCCCUGGCGGUGGCUACGGAGGUACCGGCGGAGGACCCGGCGGUGGUCCAGGUGGUGGCUAUGGUGGACCCGGUGGUGGUCCUGGUGAAGGUUACGGAGGUCCUGGUGGUGGCCCUGGCGGCGGUCCAGGUGGUGGCUACGGUGGACCCGGUGGUGGUCCUGGUGGUGGUCCUGGCGGCGGUCCAGGUGGUGGCUACGGUGGACCCGGUGGUGGUCCUGGUGAAGGUUACGGAGGUCCUGGUGGUGGCCCUGGCGGCGGUCCAGGUGGUGGCUACGGUGGACCCGGUGGUGGUCCUGGUGGUGGCCCUGGCGGCGGUCCAGGUGGUGGCUACGGUGGACCCGGUGGUGGUCCUGGUGAAGGUUACGGUGGACCUGGUGGUGGCCCUGGCGGCGGUCCAGGUGGUGGCUACGGUGGACCCGGUGGUGGCCCAGGCGGAGGACCUGGUGGUGGCCCUGGCGGUGGCUACGGAGGUCCUGGUGGUAGCCCUGGCGGAGGUCCUGGUGGUGGUCCAGGUGGUGGCUAUGGUGGACCUGGCGGUGGUCCGGGCGGAGGACCUGGCGGGGCUGGACAAGCCUACGGUGGACCUGGCGGUGGUCCUGGCGGAGGAACUUCAUCAACAUAUCCGGAAAGAUCUUUGUCAGAGACUUCUAAAUACGGAACAUCAUAUUCAGAUAAAACCUCUAAAACCUCAAGCAAAACAACUAAAACUACGAGUGGAAAGCCUUCACGUACAAGUUCUUUACAAGAUCAACGCCAACAAGUGAGCAAAUCUAAGCCAAAAUUACAACCUGAUAUUCUGGACGCCAUAGAAACGCAGCGGGAAAAUGAGCUUCGUGUAAUUCAUCAGAGGGCCAACUCUUAUGAAGAACAAGCAAAAACACCUACACCUAUGGCUUCGAUCGGUUCUAUAGCUGAACAAUAUGAAAAACUGCUUGUUGUUGAAAGAGUACCGAGUACAGAAUCAAGGGGUGGAGAGUUGGUGCAAGGACAGCGACGUACUCCGCGGCUUUCCCUGGUAACUCAAGAACAGUUUGAAAAAAUGGCCCGGGCCGUCAAGGAGCUACAAAAUAGGCUUUUGUCAGCUAGCGCCCGAAAGUUUCCCGAACACGAAGAACUAAUACAAGAACUCCGAAAAGAUGCUUCACUCGCAGAUCCAAUGGUAGCCGUACAACUUUCUGCUCGACUAGAAGAGGCUGAAAGAAAACUUGGAAAGAUGCAGAAAGUGGUCAAUGAGUUAGCGAGUAAAAAAACAUUAGCUGUUCCAGGCAAACAAGCAAAAUCUGAUGCACCUACCGGACCCUAUAAUACUGACGCAUCAGAUUACGACCCUAAAACUGGCUUACGACGUGGAGCUCCUGGUGGCCCAGGAGGUAGACCUGGAGGUACUCCUGGUGGGCCCCAAUCUGGCCGAACUACCGCCGAUGGACCGUAUCCACCUGGUGGACUGACUGCGGCCGAUGAACUUGAAGCUGCUGAUACUUUCGGUCAUGACGUUACACGAAGGACCCCACCUAGUACUGCUACUAAAGGUGGUCGUAAAGCUACUAAACCAGGGACUCCUGCUAGUCCUUCCUUAAAAUCACAAGAAACUACCCGAAAAACAUUGUCUUCCUCUGGUGGUACUUUUUCUUCUAGCUUUAGUCCUUUGACCACCACCACUUCCCAUGCACCUGGUAAAUAUUUAGAACACUCAGAAAUAUCUCCUGAUACCGAAAUAACCGAACCGAGUCCGGAGGGUGAAGAAUAUGGCAGACAUGAUUACGUCACUUACUAUGAUUUGGAUUAUACAACAGGACAAUUAUAUAACAACCUAUUAAGUGCUUUAACACAAGCGAUUGCGCGUACCACCAAUAACGCUGAGAGUGCUUACAAACUAUCUAUGUACUUAGAUGCAAAAAUCGAAGCUGCGUUAGCUGCCUCUACUCGGAUGACCGAUUUGGAAGAGUUGGUCAAACAAUAUGCUGAUCAAAUAAAUGCACUUGAUACGGGUCUCUCCUCUCAGAUGACUAACUACCAAGAACAAAUAACGCAAAUGCAACACGAUUUAGAAACUGGAUUGGAGACUAUGGCAGAAUUAUUAGGCAACACUGGCGGGGAUACAGCAGCGGUGACAGAGCUGAAUUCUCACUUCAAUGUCCUGCAAGUGGAUUUAGACAAUAUGUUAAUUCGACAAAGAGAUUUGAAAGACUCACAAAAUUCUAUAGCUCUUGAUCUCGAAAAUUUAUGGAGAGAAAUAGAAAUCCUUCGGGAUACAAAAUCUGAUCGAGAGGAAGUAACAGAUGCGCUCCGUGAUAAAGCUGGCAUUGGAGAACUCAACGGGCUCGUUUCUUUACAACAAUUUGAUGCUGUACGAGGUGAAAUUGAAAAACGUAUAGGUGCAGCAUACGAUAAAUUUAAUAAUCAAGAAACUGUUUGGCAAAAAGCUAUAGACGAUCUUAUAAGGAUUCUAAACGAAAAAGCUGAUAUAAUUCAAGUAGAAUCUCUAAGAGAUGAAAUUGCUAGAUAUGUAAAUAAAAUGAAAGAGCGCAUACAAUUCAUACAAGAUAUUGUGGGAGAUCCAAAAAGUGCGAUGUUAUCUAAGAAACUAUUCCGCGACACCGCAUGUCUAUCUUGUGGUAGCCCAGCACACAUGGACCACGAAGAACCAAAUACCAUACCUGCUCUACCUAUAUUCCCCUCAGCCAGACAGCCAGGUGAAGGAGCUGAAGCGGAGUCGACAACUAAGGGAGGAGGGGAUCAUGGAAUCUGUUAUAAAGAUUUUGUCAUACCGCACCCGAGAGAUCCAAGGUCACACAUAUGUCAGCGGUACUGCGGUGGUUCUCACACUUUGGUUACCGAAGGCCCAAAUCGAGUUCCACCUGGCAUGCAAAUACAACAAGUUGUAAAUCCAACUAUAAAAAUGGACGAAGAACCUAUUGAAUUAAAAAUACCAUGUCUGCCAUGCAACAAAACAAAAGCGCCAUUGGAUCGAGAUAAAGAUUUUAAUACAAAUUGUGAAAUUGGAGACAUUUCCAUGACGACGCCGGAACACGACAUGGCAUCUUAACAUUGGAUCGCAUGGAAACUUUUUACUUUCUUUCAUUUAAUACAAUUAUUAUUCUUUCUUUUUCUUCUCUUUAUUAUUAUUCUAAAUAAAAUUGUUUUACAUAAUA